CUAAAGUACUGUUUGCCUCUACGCAGCCGCCGUAACCAUGCCGCCGAAGUUCGAUCUGUCUCAGUUGGUGGACGUCUUUCUCCGCGUGAUCGACGGUGAGGUCGAGCGGCUUCCUCCCUUGUUCCCAAGAUCGGUCCGACGAGUGACUAAUCAAUUAGGGAAUGGGGCUUGCGAUUUUGUCGAUGGAACUGGAACUCGUUUGCAAGUUCGGACGUACGAUGCAAUGAAGGAGGUAAUGGAGGAAGUUGUUCCGAUGAAGUCGUGGGAUGCGGUGAUAGUGGCAUCGGAGGAGGCUGUAAAGUGUGACGAUGGUGAUUGCAGGUACGACGGGAGAGAUGGAGAGCCCUUUGGAACAUGGGAAGAGAGGGUCACAAUGGUGAUUGGCGGCCUGAUUUGUUAAUUGCGACAAGGGGUGAAGGAGAGGUUCUGCCAGUGGAGUCGCGGGAGGCGGUGGUAGCACCCCUCUUCCAACCUCCCGUUCGUAACCGCUGCCGCUCAACAUUAUUUCCAAAGGGGAAAAAAGAAAUGAAAGAAAGCGACAGUAUCAGUAUGUACUAGGUACCAAUAUGUGUAUAGAUUUGUCCCAUUUUAUUUCUAUAAAAAAACGUUCCAGGGGAAAUGAUUCAUUCCCAUGCAUUUUGGAUUGGUCAUUUUAUAGUGCAAUUUCUCGUAUUGGUUCUGAGGGUUGGAGAAAUAAACCAUAGUAAGUGAACUAUAUUGAUCUAUACUGAAGUAUUUUGAAUGAAAUGUUUAGUCGUGGUUGAUAUGAGUUUGACCGCGGAUACUAUAACACAAAUAUUUUUAAAACACAUAAGAAAUCUCUUAAUGAAUACCACAAACACUAUAAAACAAACCACAAAAAGCAUACAACAAAUUUCAUAAUGCAAACCACAAAUCUCCUAAUACAUACCAGAAAUAUCACAAAGCAAAUCACAAAUAUUUCUAAAGCACACCAAAAACCUUCUAAUGCAAACCACAAACACGAUAAAGCAACCUACAAAAAGCAUACCAAAAACCUCCUAAUGCAAACCACACGUCUCAUGAAACAUGCUAGAAACCCCAUGAAGCAAACCAUAGAAUUUCAAAAGCACACCAGAAAUCUCAUAAUCCAAACCACGAACACCGUAAAUCAAACCACAAAAACCAAACCAUAAACCUUCUAAUGCAGACCACAAAUCUAUUAAAACAUACCAGAAACUCCACAAAGCAAACCAAAAAUAUUUCGAAAGCACACCAGAAACCUCUUAACGCAAACUACAAAUAUUAUAAAGCAAACCACAAACACGAUAAAGCAAUCCAGAAAAAGAAAACUAAAAACAUGAGAAAGCAAACUAAAAAAAGAAUAUAAGAAACACGAGAAAGCAAACCAUAAAAACACACAAUUAACACGAGAAAGUACAUUAUAAAUCUAUAAUGCAGAUCACAAAAUCCAGCGACUAGUGAUUAUUGACUGGACUCCCGCGAGUGACCAUUAUAUAAUAAUUCACUAUAUUUUCAUGUGUGUCGUAACCUUGCCGUCAGAUAUGAAAAAGUUCUUUUCAAAAAAAAUUUGUAUUUCGAAUAAAUGACGAGGCUCAAGACUAAUUCAUAAAUUUAUAUAAAUUGGAUCACAUUGAGGAACCUAUUUAUUAAUUUCCAAAUUUAUUUAUUCUUUCCUUUUCUAUGGAAAGUAAUCUUCCAAAUAGAGCAGAAAUCCUACUUGUUUUUUUUUUCGUCCAAAAGAUAGCGCUUCUCUAACAUUAGGCAGCCAAUAAUUAUUAGUAAUAACAAUAAAAUAAUUAGUUAAUUAAAUGGGCUUUGGCAGAUAAGUGCAGGUCACGUGCCCUGCUCUAAGAAAGCACGCUCAAUACACGCGGGCGGCAUGGGUAGAAAAAAAUGUGGUGACCAUAAUGCCCUUCUUUUAAUUUUUAGCACGCAGAAAUUCAGUCAACCCAUAAAACUAAAAAGUAUGCAAAAGGAUGGCUUCUUAUUGGCUGCCUUAUAUUGUUAUCACCAUAACAACAAACAUGGUGUUGUUAUCAUAUCCGGUCCCUAUAUUUGGUGGCUGGCCUCUAUAAGGCUGUCCACAACCCUAGGGCUAAAAGGCUAAAAUGUCCUUUUAGUCCCAAUAAAACAUCUUUAAUCAUGGGACAAAUUUGAGGGGUAAAAGGCUAUAAGAGAUUUUAAGGGGCUAUUUUAGCUCUUAUUUGGGAGGUUUUUAAGAGAGGGGCUAAAAUGGUGAGAGCUCAAAUGGUGGUGAUUAUUUUAACUUUCUUUUGUUUUACUUAAAUUGAAUAUACUUGUGUUGUUGUGAGUGCUUUUAACUAACGAAGUUCCUAUCGUUGUAACAUUCAACCAUUUGAUUGUUAUUUGAAAAAAAAAUAUUUAAAAUUUGGAACGUUCUUCCAUUUCAACUAAAAAAAAGGUAUCUCCGAAAUUGUUCAAAAUCUUGGUAAUUUUGAUGAACGAAGUUAAUUUCGGUGUAACUUUCUUUCAUUUCAACUAAAAACAAAGUAUCUCAGAAUAUUUCAAAUUUUAUCGGAAUGUUCGUAUUUAAUUAUUGUGAAUGAAUAUAUAAAUUUUAAAGUAAAAAACAUAAUUUUAACUAUUCAUACGUUAUGAUUACUAAAUACGAAACAUAAAUUUUUAGCUACAGGGUUGCAGCUGUUUCGGUUUUCGAGGGGGCUAAAAGGCUAAAAUAGACUUAAAACCUCCAAUUUUUGUCCCUCAUGUUGUGGUUAGCCUAAGGGGAGGGAAAAACAACAUUGUCAAAUAGGGGAGGCAAAAGCAGAACGCGUAGGUUAGUUGUUGUUUCAUUGUAACUAUUUUAGUAUGUUAGUUGUUGUUUCAUUGUAAUUAAUUAAUACUAGGGAGGAAGCCCGUGCUUCGUGACCAGAGUCACAAGACAUAAUCAUUAGUAAUAGAACAAAGAUAUUGAUCACCUAUAUUCUCAAUGUGUUCUUAUGGCGACAUAAGGCUAAGCCUGUAUCCAACAUUUAAAAGCAGGUAACAAUAAAGAUCCAUUUCAAUAACUCCCACCUACAUGUAGAUAAAAAAGAGUUAAGUAUCUAUUCGUGUUUUGUUUUACAGGGAAGGAGAAAAGAGUUGCCAGGCAGACAAAGACAUGUAAAGUUUCACAAAAGCAUCACCUCACGCUAUGGUCGGGUCGGGUACAUUUGGUGGCUGGCCUCUAUAAUGCUGUCCACAACCCUAGGGCUAAAAGGCUAAAAUGUCCUUUUAGUCCCAAUAAAGCAUCUUUAAUCAUGGGGCAAAUUUGAGGGGUAAAAGACUAUAAGGGGUUUUAGGGGGCUAUCUUAGCUCUUAUUUGGGAGGUUUUUAAGAGGGGGGCUAAAAUGGUGAGAGCUCAAAUGGUGGGGAUUAUUUUAACUUUUCUUUGUUUUACUUAAAUUGAAUAUACUUGUGUUGUUGUGAGUGUUUUGAACUAACGAAGUUCCUAUCGUUGUAACUUUCAACCAUUUGAUUGUUAUUUGAAAAAAAAAAUUUAAAAUUUGGAACGUUCUUCCAUUUCAACUAAAAAAAAGGUAUCUCCGAAAUCGUUCAAAAUCUUGGUAAUUUUGAUGAACGAAGUUAAUUUCGGUGUAACUUUCUUCCAUUUCAACUAAAAACAAAGUAUCUCAGAAUAUUUCAAAUUUUAUCGGAAUGUUCGUAUUUAAUUAUUGUGAAUGAAUAUAUAAAUUUUAAAGUAAAAAACAUAAUUUUAACUAUUCAUAAGUUAUGAUUACUAAAUACGAAACAUAAAUUUUUAGCCAUCCGGGUUGCAGCUGUUUCAGUUUUCGAGGGGGUUAAAAGGAUAAAAUAGCCUUAAAACCUCCAAUUUUUGUCCCUCGGGUUGUGGUUAGCCUAAUGGGAGGGAAAAGCAACAUUGUCAAAUAGGGGAGGCAAAAGCAGAACGCGUAGGUUAGUUGUUGUUUCAUUAUAAUUGUUUCAGCUUGUUAGUUGUUGUUUCAUUGUAAUUAAUUAAUAAUAGAGAGGAAGCCCGUGCUUCGUGACCAGAGUCACAAGACAUAAUCAUUAGUAAUAGAACAGAGAUAUUGAUUACAUAUAAUCUCAAUGUGUUCUUAUGGCGACAUAAGGCUAAGUCUGUAUCCAACAUUUAAAAGCAGGUAACAAUAAAGAUCCAUUUCAAUAACUCCCACCUACAUGUAGAUAAAAAAGAGUUAAGUAUCUAUUCAUGUUUUGUUUUACAGGGAAGGAGAAAAGAGUUGCCUGGCAGACAAAGACAUGUAAAGUUUCACAAAUGCAUCACCUCACGCUAUGGUCGGGUCGGGUACAUUUGGUGGCUGGCCUCUAUAAGGCUGUCCACAACCCUAGGACUAAAAGGCUAAAAUGUCC